UUUGGAUCUGCCGGGGGUCGCGGCGGCUGCUUUGUGGCGUUUCGGGAAGGCUGUGGAGGCCGAGGCUCCGCCAGGCCUGGGCUCUGGCGCUCGUGCGUGAGUGUGGGCAGGCGACCACGUAUUGAGGGUCCUGUGCAGAGUCGGAUGGAGUUCCCCUCUGGCUAUGGCUCGCAUCUUCCAAGCUACAGUGUGCCCUCAGGACACUAUUCCCAAGUGCCCAGUAAAGCUGCUGCUUCACAUUUGGAUAAUCAGUAUAGAGCCAAUUACUACCCUACUUACUAUUCAGCACCAGCACAAAAUGUUAUGACACCUUCUGUGGGUACCAAUGUGUUGAAUACACAGGAAUCACAGCAGUUGUACAACAAAACUCCUGCUCAUACAGUGGGGUCAGCUGAAGGACCUAUUCAAGGAGCAAUAUCAUCUGCAUCCUACUUGCAUACAAGUGCUCAGCAGUCAUAUUCGGCAUUUGGUAAUCACUACAGCACUUCUGUCAGCUCUUCAGUUGCAUCUCAGGGAUUUCCCCUUAAUUCUGAUCACUACACCAUGCCCAUGGUUCCUAGUGCCAUGUAUCCUAAUGUUUCCUAUCCUCCUGUGGCUGCUGGCAGUGUGUACGGGCAGGUAUUUACCUCCCAGACCCUACCUGCUGUUGGACAGUUCAAAGAGACAAAUACAUUUUCUAGCCAGAGUACGUCAGUACCUCAUUCACUUCAACAGCAUGUUCCAGUGGGAUAUAAUACAACAUUAACAACUAUUUCAUCUGCUCAGUCCACUCAAGACAGCCUCUGCAGGAAUCUGACUGGAUCGGUUGCUAAAGUAAACAACCAAAUAAAUACAGAUCUUGCUUCAGGAAGCUGUGUAGCUACCCUAACAAGCACUUUUCUGCUGACAGGUGCUGAUGCUUCCAUGGGGAGUCUACAAGACAUAAUGUGUAGAAGCAGAGGUGGUAGCAAGUACAUUUCAAUAGAAAAUGCUGUGUGUGGCAUUGAUUCUUCGCAGCCUGUGCACUCUGUGAGCCAGAGCGUUCUGUUUACCAAGCCUGGGGCUGGAACAUCUGCUUCCUCUGCUGUGAUCUCGUCAGUAAGGACACCUGCUCCAAGCCUUUCUUCACAGCCACAAUCUUCACCCUCUGUUACACAGUCAUCAGAGUUGGCCCUUCAGGAAGGCAUGCAGUAUGGUGGAUAUGUUAAUAAUCAAGCUAGCUCUGCACCAGCUCCCUUGUCAUCAAGUUCAGAUGAUGAGGAAGAGGAUGAGGAGGAUGAGGAAGCAGCAAUUGAUAGUUCCUCUACUACAAGCAGUGCCUCUCCUGUUCUGAACAAUUAUGAUGCCCUGGAAGGAGGUGGCUAUCCAGAGACACGUUCUGUGACCAGCAGCCCAGUUCCUGCUCCAUCAGUCCCCCAAACAUCAAAAGCUUCUAAGCCAUUUGGUUAUGGAUAUCCAACACUGCAGCCUGGCUACCAAAAUGCAGCGCCACCUGCUCCUGUGCAGCCCAAUAAUCCAGGACACCAUCCUGGGUUUCAGCACUAUCCACAGCAAUAUCCAGGUGUGAACCAGCUGUCCUCUUCCUUAGGAGGGUUAAGUCUACAGCAUUCUCAGCAGCCGGAAAGCUUGAGACCAGUAAACCUUACACAAGAUAGAAAUAUUUUGCCUGUAUCAUCAGUUCCAGCACCUGUGCCUAACUUGAAUUCUGAUCUUAGGAAAUUAAACUGCAGUCCAGACUCAUUUCGUUGUACAUUGACAAAUAUUCCACAGACACAGGCUUUGUUAAACAAAGCUAAGCUUCCUUUGGGUUUGUUGCUACAUCCCUUCAGAGACUUAACGCAAUUACCAGUAAUAACAUCAAGCACAAUAGUGAGAUGCAGAUCCUGCAGGACAUAUAUCAACCCUUUUGUUUCUUUCAUUGAUCAAAGGAGGUGGAAAUGCAAUCUGUGCUAUAGAGUUAAUGAUGUUCCUGAAGAAUUUAUGUAUAAUCCUCUGACACGAUCUUAUGGAGAGCCUCACAAACGGCCAGAAGUCCAAAAUUCUACAGUGGAAUUCAUUGCUUCCUCAGACUAUAUGCUUCGUCCUCCUCAGCCUGCGGUAUAUUUAUUUGUUUUAGAUGUGUCUCACAAUGCAGUGGAGGCUGGAUAUUUGACAAUAGUUUGCCAGUCAUUGUUGGAAAACCUAGACAAGCUGCCUGGAGACUCAAGAACCAGAAUAGGGUUCAUAACGUUUGACAGCACUGUUCAGUUUUACAACUUGCAAGAAGGUUUAUCUCAGCCUCAGAUGCUGAUUGUCUCAGAUAUUGAUGAUAUUUUCCUACCUACCCCAGACAGUUUACUUGUAAAUCUCCAUGAAAGCAAAGAGCUGAUAAAAGAUCUAUUGAAUGCAUUACCAAAUAUGUUCACCAAUACAAGAGAAACACACAGUGCGUUGGGCCCUGCUCUUCAGGCUGCAUUCAAACUGAUGUCUCCAACGGGUGGUCGGAUAUCUGUGUUUCAAACUCAGUUACCAUCUUUGGGAGCGGGGCUUCUGCAUUCCAGAGAAGAUCCCAAUCAAAGGUCAAGCACAAAGGUGGUCCAGCAUCUUGGUCCAGCAACAGAUUUUUAUAAGAAGUUGGCACUGGACUGUUCAGGCCAGCAGACUGCUGUGGAUUUAUUUCUCUUAAGUUCACAAUAUUCCGAUCUAGCUUCUCUUGCUUGCAUGUCCAAGUAUUCUGCUGGAUGCAUCUAUUACUAUCCAUCUUUCCAUCGCAGCCAUAAUCCUGCUCAGGCCGAAAAGUUGCAAAAAGACCUUAAAAGAUACCUUACAAGAAAGAUUGGAUUUGAAGCAGUUAUGCGCAUAAGAUGUACAAAAGGUCUUUCAAUACACACUUUUCAUGGGAACUUUUUUGUACGAUCUACUGAUUUAUUGUCCCUUGCCAAUGUCAAUCCCGACGCUGGAUUUGCAGUACAAAUGUCCAUCGAGGAAAGUCUGACUGACACAUCUUUGGUUUGUUUUCAAACAGCUCUUCUGUAUACUUCCAGCAAAGGUGAACGUCGAAUUCGAGUGCACACACUUUGCUUGCCUGUAGUAAGUUCACUGGCUGAUGUAUAUGCAGGAGCGGAUGUACAAGCAGUUGUAUGCCUCUUAGCAAACAUGGCUGUGGAUCGCUCAGUUUCAUCUAGUCUUUCGGAUGCAAGAGAUGCCUUAGUUAAUGCUGUGGUAGACUCCUUGGCAGCAUAUAUGUCAACUGCCUCAAAUCUGCAGCAGUCCAUGUUGAUAGCACCAAAUUCCCUCAAACUGUUUCCACUGUAUAUUUUGGCCCUUCUCAAACAGAAAGCAUUUAGAACAGGCACGAGUACACGCUUGGAUGAUCGCGUAUAUGCAAUGUGCCAGAUGAAGAGCCAGCCUCUUGUUCAUUUGAUGAAAAUGAUACAUCCCAACUUGUACAGAAUAGACAAGUUGAUUGAUGAGAGUACAAUACAUGUAAAUGACAGAGUUGUUCCUCAGCCACCUCUUCAGAAGUUGUCUGCAGAGAAGUUGACAAGAGAAGGAGCUUUUCUUAUGGAUUGUGGUUCGAUUUUUUACAUUUGGAUUGGAAAAAACUGUAGUAACAACUUCAUAAAAGAUGUCCUUGGAUACCCAAACUAUGCAUCAGUACCACAGAAAAUGACACAGCUUCCUGAGGUAGAUGCACUUUCUUCAGAAAGGACACGAUCUUUUAUAUCUUGGCUUAGAGACAGUAGACCUUUAAGUCCAGUUCUUCAAGUAAUAAAAGAUGAGAACCCUGCCAAAACAGAUUUUUUUCAGCAUUUAAUUGAGGAUCGGACAGAAGCAGCUUUCUCAUAUUAUGAAUUCUUACUUAAUAUUCAACAGCAGAUUUGUAAGUGAACAAGGAAUAAAUAGAAGAAAAAUCCUGACUUCAGACAGAAGCAUGGGCCAAGAGAAGCAUAUGGGAAGUUACGAAAGUGGAUGCUUGUUCUUCACAAUAUACAGUGACCAGCACUGUUUUGGAAGCUUUACAGCUAAAGAAGUAUACAUCUCAAAGAAUUUUGCAGAUUUACUUCAGUCUAAAAGUGCUAGGAGUGAUGAAGCUGUUUCACUAGUAAACUUUAAAUUGGUUUAUACACGUUUCCAGUUGUGCAGCGGUAUGGUGCUUUGUUUAUUGCAAGCCGGUGAAUUUAUGUAGCUAUGUGGGAUGGUAUUUCUUAAUGAAAUGUACAAUUAGGUAAAGCCUUUUUUCUUACAUUUAUUAUAGUAGCCCUUCCAGAUCCAAAUUCUUAACAGAGAUGUCAAAGGGCAGUGAUGUAUGUUGGUUGUUUAUAUGAAUUUCUUUUUAAAAGGAAUGAUUCAUAUUUACUAAAGACUUCAGCGAAUUCCCUGUGAAAGUUGUAGAGUUUCAGUAAAGUACAUCAAUUGUAGAAAUAAAAUAUAUAAUGUACAUAAGUAUUACAUUUGUAAAGAAAAUGUAAAAAAUGUAACUAAAAAAAAAAAAAAGACUUAGCUCAGUGUGCAGAAUUGUUGAGUGCUCAAUGAUGAAUUGUUUUGUCCCAGGCUAGACAAUGAAGUUGACUAUUAAAACAUGCUAAAAAAAAAAAAGUUAUCAAUGUAGAA